AGUUCUUAGGAUGACGACCAAUGGCACCACGAACGGCGAUGUCGAUUACUCGAUACACCCUUUAAUAGCAAAUGACAAGAUCACGCUCUAUGUGAAAACAGGUAACACCGAAUUCUCCUCUACAGAAUCCAACUCACCCCAUUUCCCUUUUCGCGUUACACUCUCCCCAGUUCCAGCAUCUCCAAUCUCCCACCUCCUUUUCCCACGUUCUACCCCAAAAACUACCACUCUCUAACAUUUCAGCCAACGCCACCAACACCGUCAACACGCUGAAACCCCUCAUCCUCCUCGAAGCGCUGCAGAUCCCCCACCACAUCCACAUCAUCAUCUCCACGUCCAACGAAACCUGGUUCCACAAGGUAAACCCGUACAAAAUGGUGCCGGCAAUGGAAGACCCCCUGCCCUCCUCCGCGUCUGUGAACCUAUUCGACAGCUCCGCAUGCCUGCUCUACCUCGCGGAGAAGUGGGACAAAGAGGGCGUGUUCAGCGGAAAGGGGGAUGAGGAAAGGGGCGCCGUGCUGAGCUGGCUGAUGGGGUAUACUGCUGGGCUGGGUGCGACUGGGAAGACGUGGCUCAUGCUCCUCCCUAAACUCCCCGCCGACUCGGACGCUCUCGCUAUCUUGGUCGGCUGGAUUAGGAAGGACUACGAUGUGCUUGAAGCCCGCCUCGGCGAGCCGGGCCAGGAGUGGAUUGCGCUGGGUGAUCGGCCGACGAUAGCGGACUUUGCGAUCUGGCCGCAUGCGAAUGUGAAGGUGGCGGCUAUGGCGAAGAUUGAGUUCAGUGAGUGGCCGAGGCUGAGAGGGUGGAGUGAGAAGGUUGCAGAGCUGGGGUAUGUGCGGAAAGCGGUGAAGAGGGUGGGUGGGUUUGGGCAUGGAGGAUCGUAAAUGUAGCAUGAAGACGGGGAUGCAACAUUGGUUGAAUGAUUGAUUGGUUAUAUUUUUGUCAGGAUCAAGUGAACGUUUGAUGUAGGCACCCAUGAAUCCCGUGUCAGAUCGUAGUCUCCUGAGCCUGAGUGCUUUGAGGGUGAGGGAAUGGAAACGGUGUAGUGGUCUAGUAAGUGCACGACGAAGGUUUUGAGCAUGCUUUCGGCAAAGUGCUGGCCUAGGCAUUUGCGAGUUCCGAA